AUGUCAGACAACGAAGAAGUGGAGGAGUACGAGGAGCAGGAGGCAUGGUGUGGCUUAGAGGUGCAAGAGGAGGAGCAGGAGGAGGAGCAGGAGGAGGUGCAGGAGGAGGUGCAGCAUGAGGAAGAGGCUCAUGAGGAGGUAGCAGGAGGAGAGGACGAGACCACUCAAGAACAUGAUGAUGAAGAAGAGACAGAAGAUGGAGGAGAGGCAAAACCCAAAUUCCUAAAACCUUUUAUGUUACCGAACCUGGUUCCCCCGAAGAUUCCAGAUGGAGAAAGAGUCGAUUUUGAUGACAUCCAUCGCAAGCGUAUGGAGAAGGACCUGAAUGAGCUCCAGACGCUGAUAGAAGCUCACUUUGAAAGCCGUAAGAAGGAGGAGGAAGAACUCAUCAGUCUUACAGAUAGGAUUGAGAAACGGCGCUCCGAGCGAGCAGAGCAGCAGAGGAUCCGCAGCGAGCGCGAGAGGGAACGACAGAAGCGUCUGGAGGAGGAAAGAGCUCGCAAGGAGGAAGAGGAAGCCAAAAAGAGAGCGGAGGACGAAGCCAAGAAGAAGAAGACACUCACCAGUCUGCACUUCGGUGGUUACAUGCAGAAGAUAGAGAGAAGGAGUGGAAAGAAACAGACCGAGAGAGAGAAGAAGAAGAAGAUUCUUGGUGAUCGGCGCAAACCUUUGGACAUCGACAACGCCAGCGACUCUGCUCUCAGGGAGAAAGCAAAGGAACUGUGGAGCUGGAUGCGUCAACUAGAAGCAGAGAAGUUUGAGUUACAAUACCAGUUUACCCAUCAGAAAUAUGAGAUCAAUGUCCUGAGGAACAGAGUCAGUGACCACCAGAAAACGUCAAAGAGAACCAAGAGAGGCCUCAGGAAGUGAAUGCUGUGCUGAAAGACAGACUCGACUCGUCACAAACCCACAGAGAUCAUCAAGAGAAUGUUCAGGAGAGCUGUGUAUAGUAGAUUCUGAUGCUUUUAGUUAGUCCUCACUGAAUAAACACUGUAGAUUUUGACUGAGAAAAACAAAUAAAAAAUUAGAAAAUGAA